GGAAUGGGGAGAAUAUAAAAAGAGAAUGAUAAGAGUGUUGUUUGUGGAAAGGGUGGAGCAGUGAAGUGCAGUGCAUUUGAGUGGUGGAAAGUGGAAAGUGGAAACCGCAAUCGCCAAGCUGGAAAAAAAAAGACACCUUUUUCCCUGUCGCUCCCUUAUCGCCUCCUUUCCCUUCAACACCAACCCACAUUACCAUUACCACUCACACAUGGCCUCAACAACAACACAACCAGACUGAUAAUAGAAAGCGCCACCGUGCGCACGUUACCACUGCUUCACAUGGAUUAUUCAUCCACACUCUAAACGCAACCUGAACCCUAGCGGAGGAGGGGGCAAAACCCACAAAACCAAAAAAAAAAAAAAAAACAUGUUUGGGAUUACGAGAUUUUCGGGGUUUUUCUCCGCCGCAAUGUUCGUCAUUGUUCUUAUCAUUCUCUCCCCGUCUUUCCAAUCCGAAGCAAUUAGAUCCUCCCACCGAUUUUCCUUCCGGAAAGCCCUCCCCUUCCGUAAUGCACACGAAUGCGCCUGGGUUUCCGCCCAAACAAAAGUCUGCGACCCUUCUUUAGUCCACGUCGCCAUAACUCUCGACGUCGAAUAUCUCCGCGGUUCGAUCGCCGCCGUGCACUCCAUCCUCCGCCACGCCCUCUGUCCGGAGAACGUCUUCUUCCAUUUCCUCGUCUCCGACACCAAUCUUCAAGCCCUGGUGGACUCCACCUUCCCGCACUUGAAGUUCAACGUCUAUUACUUCGAUCCCAACACUGUCUCCCACCUGAUCUCCUCCUCCGUGCGCCAAGCGCUGGAGCAGCCGCUCAAUUACGCCAGGAACUACCUCGCGGACCUUCUCGAGAGUUGCGUGGAGCGAGUUAUCUACCUGGACUCCGAUCUGGUGGUGGUGGACGACGUGGCCAAGCUUUGGAGCGCGAGUCUGGGCUCACGCGCCAUCGGCGCGCCGGAGUACUGCCAUGCGAACUUCACGAAGUACUUCACGGCGGGGUUCUGGUCGGAGCCGAGUUUGGCGGGGACGUUCGCGCAGCGGAGGGCAUGUUACUUCAACACGGGGGUGAUGGUGAUGGAUCUGGUGAAGUGGAGGAAGGAGGGGUACACGAGAAAAAUCGAGAGGUGGAUGGAGAUUCAGAAGAGUGAUCGGAUCUACGAGCUGGGUUCGUUGCCGCCGUUUUUGCUGGUGUUCGCGGGACAUGUGGCGCCCAUCGAGCACCGAUGGAACCAGCAUGGUUUGGGCGGGGAUAACGUGAAGGGUAGUUGUCGUGGGUUGCACCCUGGUCCGGUUAGCUUGUUGCAUUGGUCCGGUAGUGGAAAACCCUGGCUCCGUUUACAUUCCAAACGUCCUUGCCCUCUCGACUCUCUGUGGGCUCCCUUUGACUUGUACGCACAAUCUCCAUUUUAACUAAAUUUUUAUUGCCUGGUACAUACAUAUUACACUCAAUUUCUUGCUCCUCUGCCAUCAUUUGCCUAGUUAGAUGUUAUUAUUAUUCCUGUAUUUCUUCUGUAGAUGCCUUUUCUGUCAUUUGUAUUCUAUUAUUUUUCUGCCAUUCCUCACUUGAAAAUAAACGUAAAUGAAAGAAAGAAAAGGUAGAUCUUUCGAUUUCUUCUUGUAUAUAAAGUGGUGUACUAUUAAUUUAUUAGUAAUUGGUGACAAUUAGGUCCCAAGUGUGAACUGAAAAUUGUUGUGUGGAUUAUUUAUUCUUGAAUCUAUACCAAUGGAGUUGAGUUCA